AUGAAAAACAAAUAUACUCCUAUUUCGGAUUCUGAUGACUCUUCCAAAACGCUCAAUGAUGAAAAGGUAGAUAGUCAGUCGUCUCCUUCUGAUGGUACGCCUCCUCCGUAUUCAGCUUCAACCAAAUUUAUUGAUCUAGAAAUGGCUCCUGAAACAGAAGAAAGUUCUAAAAAGAAAAGGUAUCUGACGCCUCGUAAAUUAGCAAUUGUUUUUGCUAUUUUUAUUGUAUAUAAUGUAUGCUUAAUUAUUGCGAGGGUCAUUCUUCUUGUUUACGAAAUUCCGUUUAAUCAGCUUGCCGUUUGGGUACUUUUUGGCGUUUGGUGCGCUCUAUUUUUGUCAUUGACAAUUGUAAUAACUCAAUUGCCUAAAGAAUGGUUCCCGCAGGCCAAACAAGGGCUCACGCAAGCUGGAAGAGCAACAAAGAAAGUGGCACCAGCUGUGUGUAAAGCCCUAAUUAUACUGAUAAGUUUGAAUGGAGUCGGUGGUUACGUUUUGAAAUUAUCAGGAGGAUUUGAAUAUAUACAUUCAGCUGCGGUGUUGGUUGUUUUGGCAGUACUGAACAUAUGCUUCUUUGUACUUCUCAUUCGAAACCCAGAUGUGAUUGAAGAUAUUCAAGAUAUGACACGUGUAAACAGAAUUAGCAGGAAUGGUCCACCUCGUAACGAAGAAAUCGAACUUCAGCCUCUUGCUGAGCAAAGGGCUGAUGUUUGA